AUGGCACUUCGAUCAGCUUUAUCACUUGGAAUUAACCUUCGCUUGGUGGAUGGUCGAACACACUACACGUCGAAAGAAGCACGAAGCCGCCUGUGGUGGUCUAUCUAUCUUCUCGAGCAUCAGCUUACGUCCGUCACGGGCCGAGUCUCUUGUGUCAGUGAGAACCUGAGCUCCACGCCACUUCCAGUGCCAUUUGAGGAGGACGAUUUCUGUAAACCGGAGGUUCUUUGUCUUUUCCAGGAUGCAUCCAUGCGUGAAAGCCACCUAAAACUGACACUACUUCAAACGGAAGAGGAGGCUCGGUCCAGCGCCGAAUGGCUACUGACUUGCGAGCCCACCCCAUCUGUGUUUUUUCAUUGCCUGGUGGACCUCACGAGCAUAACUCAAGCCGUGAUGAACAAAGUCUACAGCAUCCAAGCUUUACGCGAGCCCAGUGGCAGGAUUCACCCCCGCAUACGAAAAUACGGCAAGACCCUGGAGACGUGGCUGUCCAAACUUCCCCAGGCUUUUCGAUUUACAGAGUCACAUAGCGAAAGAUUUCACGCACCAGCAGCUGAUGAUCCCUUCCAGCGAGAGCGGAUAUGCCUUGCCUUAAACUUUUACAGUGCUAAGAUUACACUCUGCCGGCCGUGCGUCACUCAUGCCAAUCUGAAAGGAAGCACCUCGUCCCAGCCAGCAAAGACCACACAUUCUGACCUCCGCAACGAGAUGGCCGUCAGCUGCCUGCGCUCCGCCUGCUCUCUGACCUCCAUCCUCCCCGAAGAACCGGAUAUCCACUGGUUGGUACGUGUGUCUCCAUGGUGGACGAUCCUCCAUUACUUAAUGCAAGCCAACACCGCCCUACUCCUCGGACUAUCCUGCUGGUCUAUUCCCGAGUUAUCCAAGGAUACCAAGCCCAUAAGUCCAGCAACCCCACCCAUCAACACUCAAACCAUGCUUAAAGCAUGUAAAAAGGUCAUCCGCUGGCUCCACACCAUGAGCUACACCAAUACUGCUGCCCGCCGUGCCUUUCUCUUCUGCGAUAGCUUCAUCCGUCGGAUCGCGCCGCGUCUGGGCCUCGAUCUUACCGGUCUGCCGGAUGGGGCGUCCUUGCCUUCCCAUACCGACUCUAUCUGGAUGAUGGCGGAUGGACCGGAAGAAAUCUGUUAA